GGUUCCCGUACACCGACGCACACAAGAUUUUAGUCCUCUGGGCUUCUUCGGAUUUGCCAUUACAAUGCAAUUUCUCUUUGAUUAUUCCUUCAAGCAUAUAUCCCGGAUCGACCCCUUGUUCAAAUUCUUUAUUAUUUUACUGUGUAUUUAUUAAUUCUCUCUAUUUUUCUCCUACAAUCACGCCCUUUCCACAUCUCUCUGAUCAUUUCCUUCACUCUCUCUGUCUUUCUGUUCCACAUAACUGAAUGCUUGAUUCUUCAGCUACUUUGAUAGCGUCUCGAAUUCUUAGAUAUAAUUUCCAUUUUUUUAUGGGUUUUUUAAUUCUGUUCUGAUGAUAUGAUGAUGUGCAAGGAUUUGGUGUUGUACAGGUGAAUUCAGGGAAGAUUGACCUUUCUUCAAUUCAGAAUGGGGGCCUCUCCGGCCAACUUCUUGUUUGGAUUCUUGUUUUCGUCCAUCGUGCUAUGGCUUAUUUUCAUGUUUGCUUCCAGGCUGUUGGCUUGGAUCCUCAGCCGUGUUUUGGGAGCAUCAGUUGGAUUUCGUGUUGGUGGAUGGAAAUGUUUGAGAGAUGUUGUUUGCAGGAAGAAAAGGGAAAAAGCCUUGUAUAAGCCAUAUAUUUUGUUAUUCAAUUAUCAUUUGUUUGAUACCCUGUCAACUAAUACUGGAUGGUUCACUUUAACACUGCAGACACCAAAAGCCACUUUGGAUGUCAAAGAGCUGAGGGUAGAUAUAUCUAAAGAUGCUGGAUCUGAGGCGGGAUUGUCUGUAAAGCUGCAGCUUGUUCCAAUUAUUGUUUUCUUGGGUGAAUCACGAGUGACCUAUGAUCUAUCAGUAACCUCUGGUGGAUGUUUCUCUUCUAACCAUAUGAAAGAAAGGGUGUGUGCUCCUUUCAGCUGCGAAGAAUUCUCUCUCUUGUGCGAGCUUGGUCAUGAUAGGGAAGCAGGCGUUGUUGUUAAAAAGCUGGAUGCUACAAGUGGAGAAGUCUGUGUAAAUCUAAAUGAGAAAUUACUUUACAAAGAAAAGGGCCCACCUGACACCUCUUCACUGCCUUCCUUUGAAGUUCUACCUACAAACAGCGAAGCUGCAUCUAUUAAAAAACCACAGAAAAAGCCAGCUUUUUCUGCUAUAACUAAAUACACCUCUCUAUUCCCAGAAAAGGUUGACUUCACUUUGCCUAAGCUGGAUGUGAAGUUGGUGCAUCAGGGUCUUGUGGUUGAGAAUAACAUUAUGGGUAUCCAACUAAAAAGCUUAAAAUCUCGAUCUGUUGAAGAUGUGGGAGAAAGUACGAGGCUUGAUAUUCAGAUGGAAUUUAGUGAGAUUCACUUGCUUAGAGAAGCUAGCAUUUCUAUUGUGGAAAUACAGAAACUUGAUGUUGUUUCCUCAGUUUACAUACCACUACAGCCAGCCUCCCCAGUCAGAUCUGAAAUUGAUGUUAAGCUCGGAGGUACCCAGUGCAACUUGGUUUUGAAUAGACUAGAGCCAUGGAUGUGCGUUCUUCCAAUAAAGAAAAAAAAGGAGGUUUCAGUAGAGAGUCAUGCUGAAGAAAAGCCAGGGUCAUCUGAACACAAACCAAUCUUGUGGACAUGCACUGUUUCAGCCCCGGAGAUGAUUCUUGUGCUUUAUAACUUGAAUGGAUUUCCACUAUACCACGGUUGCUCGCAAUCAUCACAUGUCUUUGCUAACAACAUAUGUAGUUCACGGGCCACCAUACAUAUGGAACUUGGUGAACUAAAUUUACACAUGUCUGAUGAAUAUCAAGAAUGCUUGAAAGAAAGCCUCUUUGGCGUGGAAACAAAUAUUGGUUCUUUAAUGCACAUUGCUAAGAUCAGCUUGGACUUGGGCGAAAAAGACAUGGAUUUACUUGUAAAUGGUUCCAAGUGUAAAACAGUUCUUACCAUAGAUGUAACUGGCAUGGGUGUCUACUUGACCUUCAAGCGUCUUGAGUCUCUGAUAUUGACUGCUCUUUCGAUUAAGGCCUUGCUGAAAAAUUUAUCUGCUUCAAUCAAGAAACCAAUGCAUAGCACAGGAGCGAGAUCGUCCAGGUCACCGGGGAAAGGGAUGCAACUGUUGAAACUGAAUCUUGAAAGAUGCUCAUUAAAUAUUUGUGCAGACGUGGGGUUAGAUAAUGCAGUUGUUCCAGACCCCAAACGUGUUAAUUAUGGAUCUCAAGGUGGUCGUGUUUUAAUUAGCAAAUCAGCAGACGGGACACCUCGCACUGCAAGUAUAAUGUCUACAAUCUCUGAUGAAUUCAAAAAGUUAAAGUACUCUGUAUCACUUGACAUUUUCCACCUGAGUUUUUGCAUGAACAAGGAGAAACAAUCAACACAGAUGGAGAUUGAAAGAGCUAGAUCUUUCUAUCAGGAAUUUCCAGAAGAGAGCAAUCCUGGAACAAAAGUUGUCCUGCUUGACAUGCAGAACUCAAAGUUUGUAAGGCGUUCUGGUGGUCUGAAGGAAAUUGCUGUCUGCUCUCUCUUCAGUGCGACCGAUAUAUCUGUUAGGUGGGAACCUGAUGCGCAUAUUGCAUUAUUUGAACUUGGGUUACGCUUGAAGUUACUGUUACACAAUCAGAAGCUUCAGGAACGAGAUGAUAGGGAAAAAAAUUCAACCGUGAAAGAUAAUGACCCAAAGAAAGAUACAUCUUUCGAUUCAGUGCAGCUUGACAAACAAAAGAAUAAAAGAGAAUCAAUCUUUGCUGUUGAUGUGGAAAUACUCAGUAUAUCAGCUGAGGUGGGAGAUGGAGUCGAAACCUUGAUCCAGGUUCAAUCCAUCUUUUCUGAGAAUACUCGAAUAGGUGUGCUUCUUGAAGGACUUGUGCUCAAUUUGAAUGAAGCUAGAGUUUUCAAAAGCAGCAGAAUGCAAAUAUCUCGAAUUCCCAAUGCCUCAGGGAGUGCUUUAGAUGCAAAAUCUGAGAGACUAACUACAUGGGACUGGGUAAUUCAAGCCCUUGAUGUACAUAUAUGCAUGCCAUAUAGGUUGCAGUUGCGUGCAAUUGAUGAUUCCGUGGAGGAAAUGCUGCGAGCUUUGAAGCUUAUUACUGCUGCUAAAAGUCAACUAAUAUUUCCAUCUAAAAAUGAGAGUGCAAAACCCAAAAAGGCUAGUUCAACAAGAACUGGAUGUGUAAAAUUUUGCAUACGUAAACUAACUGCUGACAUCGAAGAAGAGCCAAUACAGGGUUGGCUUGAUGAACAUUAUCAGCUUUUGAAAAAUGAGGCACGUGAAUUAGCAGUUAGGUUAAAUUUUCUAGAUGAACUAAUUUCCAAGGGUGGCAAGUGUCAGGGAGCCUCUGAACGACAUGAUUCUACCCAUGAAGGAAAAUUUAAUUUUAAGGGUGAGGAGAUUGAUUUACAAGAUGAUGCAGUUAUCAAAAAAUUGCGAGAUGAGAUAUAUCAACAGUCAUUCCGGUCAUAUUUCCAAGCAUGUCAGAACAUUGUGCCAUCACAAGGAUCAGGAGCUUGUAAAGAUGGUUUCCAAUCUGGUUUCAAACCUAGUAAGGAAAGAUCUUCUCUUUUUUCCAUUUCUGCUACUGAGAUAGAUUUUAGCCUGUCGAAAAUAGAAGGGGGUGAUGCUGGGAUGAUUGAAGUGUUGCAGAAGCUUGAUCCCAUAUGUCGUGCACAUGGCAUUCCAUUUUCAAAACUUUAUGGUGGAAAUAUUGCUUUGCAUACUGGUUCCCUUGUUGCUCGGAUAAGAAACUACACAUGUCCUUUAUUUGCUGCAACUUCAGGUCGUUGCGAAGGUCGUCUCGUGCUGGCUCAGCAGGCGACCUGUUUUCAGCCUCAAAUUCACCAAAAUGUCUACAUCGGGAAUUGGAGGAAAGUUUCCAUGCUUCGCUCAGCUAGUGGCACUACUCCUCCAGUAAAAACAUAUUGUGAUUUGCCCAUACAUUUUCAGAGAGGAGAAGUUUCCUUUGGCGUUGGUUUUGAACCAUCGUUCGCUGAUAUUAGUUAUGCUUUUACUGUUGCUCUUCGUAGGGCCAAUUUGAGCAUUAGGAAUCCAAAUCCUGACGUUCAGCCACCUAAAAAGGAAAAGAGCUUACCAUGGUGGGAUGAAAUGAGAAACUAUAUUCACGGGAACACCACUUUAUAUUUUUCUGAUACCAGAUGGAAUGUUCUUGCUACCACAGAUCCAUAUGAAAACUCUGAUAAACUUUGUAUUGUUUCGGGUGAUAUGGAAAUCCAGCAAUCAGACGGUCGCGUUUAUGUUUCUGCUAAAAAUUUUAAGAUUUUACUGAGCAGUUUAGAGAGGUUAAUGAAUAAUUGCAGCUCGAAACAUUCAACUGGCUUUUCUGGAGCUUUCAUUGAGGCCCCAAUUUUCAAUGUUGAAGUUACAAUGGAAUGGGAUUGUCAAUCUGGCAAUCCUCUAAAUCAUUAUUUAUUUGCACUUCCCAAUGAAGGGGUUCCUCGUGAAAAGGUUUAUGAUCCCUUCAGAUCCACUUUUCUUUCCCUGCAAUGGAAUUUGUCCCUUAGGCCCCAUUUGAUUUCUAGUGGUAUUCAGUCACAAUCCUCUUCCAUUGAUAGUCAUACUGCUGUGGAUGGAGUUUUCUAUAGUCCAUUGAAAUCAGGAAAUGCAUCUGUGGAUGGACCAAUUAUGAAUGUUGGUCAUCAUGAUUUAGCAUGGAUUAUUAAAUUCUGGUAUUUGAACUACAUUCCUCCUCAUAAAUUGCGGACUUUUUCCAGGUGGCCCCGAUUUGGGAUCCCUAGGGUUCCCAGAUCAGGCAAUCUGUCCCUAGACAAGGUAAUGACAGAAUUUAUGUUCCGGGUUGAUGGAACCCCAACAUGUAUUCGACAUGUGCCUUUACAAGAUGACGACCCAGCUAAGGGACUGACGUUUAAGAUGACAAAGCUGAAAUAUGAACUUUAUUACGGUCGCGGUAAGCAAAAAUAUACAUUUGAAAGCAUUCGCGAUCCUCUUGAUCUUGUCUAUCAGGGUCUUGACCUUCACAUGCCCAAAGUAUUUCUAAAUAGGGUUGAUUGCCCAACUGUUUCAAAAGUACUUCAAAUGGCUAGGAAACAUUCCCAGUCUGCAUCAAUGGACAAGGUCACAAAUGAUAAAAACACCCCUACAAGCAACAACACUGAAAAGCACCUUGAUGAUGGAUUUUUAUUAUCAUCUGAUUACUUUACCAUCCGAAGGCAAGCCCCAAAGGCUGACCCUGCAAGGUUAUUAGCUUGGCAGGAAUCUGGUAGAAGAAAUAUUGAGAUGACAUAUGUCAGAUCUGAGUUUGAAAAUGGGAGUGAAAGUGAUGGGCACACAAGAUCUGACCAAAGUGAUGAUGAUGGAUAUAAUGUAGUUAUUGCUGACAAUUGUCAGAGAAUUUUUGUGUAUGGUCUGAAGCUUCUAUGGACUCUUGAAAAUAGAGAUGCUGUUUGGUCCUGGGUAGGUGGGCUAUCGAAGGCAUUUGAACCUCCAAAGCCUUCUCCUUCUCGGCAAUAUGCACAGAGGAAGUUGCUUGAGGAAAACAAGGUUCUUGAUACUCCUGAAAUGGUGAAAAAUGAUAACCAACACAUUGAUCCUUCAAGUUCUCAAUCUUCAUCAUCAAAUCAAGUCUCAAAAGAGAACCCUUCAUCUAGUGCAAAUGCAAAGCUUGGCACCUAUGAUGACUCUGAGAAGGAGGGCACACGCCAUUUCAUGGUGAAUGUUAUUGAGCCGCAAUUCAAUCUUCACUCAGAAGAAGCCAAUGGUAGAUUUUUACUUGCUGCUGCUAGUGGUCGUGUUUUAGCUCGUUCAUUCCAUUCAGUCCUUCAAGUUGGCCAUGAGAUGAUUGAACAAGCACUAGGUGGAGGAAAUAUUCCAGUUCCUGAAUCUCAACCUGAAAUGACAUGGAACCGCAUGGAGUUCUCUGUGAUGUUGGAGCAUGUGCAGGCUCAUGUAGCUCCAACUGAUGUUGACCCUGGGGCUGGAUUGCAGUGGCUUCCAAAAAUUCAGAGCUCACCCAAAGUGAAGCGUACUGGAGCUUUACUGGAACGGGUGUUUAUGCCCUGUGACAUGUAUUUUCGCUAUACAAGGCACAAAGGUGGAACCUCUGAUUUGAAGGUGAAACCUUUGAAAGAGCUCGCUUUCAAUUCUCAUAAUAUAACUGCAUCAAUGACUUCUAGACAGUUUCAAGUCAUGCUUGAUGUGUUGACCAAUCUUCUUUUUGCUCGGCUCCCUAAGCCUCGAAAAAGUAGUCUGUCAUACUCAGCCGAAGAUGAUGAUGAUGUUGAAGAGGAGGCAGAUGAAGUGGUUCCUGAUGGGGUUGAAGAGGUAGAACUAGCUAGAAUUAAUCUUGAACAGAAAGGAAGGGCGCAGAAGUUGAUUCUUGGUGACAUAAGUAAAUUGUCGCUUCAUGGUGAUAUUUCUGUUGAUGCAUAUUCAGAAAAGGAUAUGGAUCUAUGGAUGAUAACUGGCGGAAGGUCCACAAUGGUAAAUUCAAAACAUUUGCCCAAAUGUUUUUACGUUUACAAGCUUUCUCAAUUAACUCUAUCCGGAUUUCUAAUUUGUAUCUUUCGUUGCCGGUAUGUGCCAGUAAUGCGAAAUCGUAGCUAUGUUCUUGGUUCCAUCAAAAGCUUUCCCAUGCCUCUUGCACUUGAAGCCCUUCUCUACCCGAUGGUUUGUUGUUAUUUUCAUUUCAUGCAUGUGUUGCAUCUUCAUGCCUAUAUUUCACUCAGGAAAAGUAAAGAAAAAUUACAUCAGAUUUGUAGGAUGGUUCAUCUCGCAGGAACCUUAGCUGAUCAAAUGAUAAUCAUAGUAUUACAGAUUACUAAUGAUGUUGCAAAUCCAUACAUCAUGUUUGUACCCAAAAUCUUGGUACUGGUAACUGAAGAUGACACAAAUGAUUUACUUGAUUCAUUUGUUCUCUUAGUCUCUAUGAAGUACUUAUUUUGCAAUUUAUUGCUGCAGAUAUAUGACUUUGACAGGGAUUACAAGGAUGUUGGUGUUGCUAAGUUCACAACCAAGUACUUUGUUGUAAGAAAUUGCUUGCACAAAGCCAAGAAGUCUGAUAUGCUUUUGUCAGCAUGGAAUCCUCCGUCUGAAUGGGGAAAGAAAGUGAUGCUUCGUGUAGAUGCAAAACAGGGAGCUCCGAAGGAUGGGAAUUCUCCUCUUGAACUGUUUCAGGUUGAGAUCUACCCUUUAAAGAUAUAUUUGACAGAGACAAUGUACAAAAUGAUGUGGGAAUAUUUCUUCCCGGAAGAGGAACAAGACUCUCAACGGCGGCAGGAAGUAUGGAAGGUUUCAACUACUGCUGGUUCAAGGCGUGUAAAGAAAGGGACAAUAUUUCAAGAUGCAUCUGUAACUAGCAGUCACUCGACCAAAGAUGAUAUUUCCAAAUCAAGCACCUCUGCCUUAGCAGCUACAUCUGCAACAAAUCAGUCCAUUGUUGCUGCUGAUUCCUCCCAUGCAUCAAAGCUGCAAAACAUUGAAACAAAUAAUGUUAGUGGGUCGACCCCAGAGCUGAGAAGAACAUCUUCCUUUGAUAGAACAUGGGAAGAAAAUGUGGCAGAAUCUGUAGCAAAUGAACUUGUAUUACAAGUUCACUCUUCGAGUGUUUCUUCAUCAAAAAGUGGGCCCCUUGCUUGUCCUGAACAGCAAGAUGAACCCAUUAGACAAAAAGCAAGAGAAUCUAAACUUGUCAAACCUGGUCGAUCCUCGCAUGAGGAGAAAAAAAUGGGAAAGGUUCCAGAUGAGAAAAGAUCUAGACCUCGGAAAAUGAGGGAAUUUCACAAUAUCAAGAUUAGUCAGGUUGAGCUGCUGGUUACCUAUGAAGGAUCCAGAUUUGCAGUAGGUGAGUUGAGGUUGCUGAUGGACACAUUCCAUCGUGUUGAAUUCACUGGAACUUGGAGAAGGCUAUUUUCACGGGUUAAAAAGCACAUAAUUUGGGGUGUCCUAAAAUCAGUCACGGGAAUGCAGGGAAAGAAGUUUAAAGAUAAAGCUCAUUCCAGUGGGGUUAAUAUUCCCGACGCUGAUCUCAAUCUCAGUGAUGGUGAUAUUGGGCCAGCAACAAAAUCUGAUCAGAACCCAAUAGCCUGGCCUAAGCAUGAUGGCGCGGGCGAUGGCUUUGUGACAUCUGUAAGAGGCCUUUUCAAUUCUCAGCGUCGUAAGGCCAAAGCUUUUGUUCUGCGGACGAUGAGGGGCGAAGCAGAAAAUGAGCUUUCUGGUGAUUGGAGUGAAAGCGAUGCAGAAUUCUCACCAUUCGCUAGGCAACUGACCAUAACAAAAGCCAAGCGAUUAAUUAGACGGCAUACUAAAAAGUUUCGCCCAAGAGCGCAGAAAGGUUUAACUUUGCAGUCAAAAGAAUCACUUCCUGACUCUCCAAGGGAAAGCACGCUAUUUGAAAGUGAUUCUUCAAGUGGAUCCUCGCCUUAUGAAGAUUUCCACGAGUUCAAAAGUCUUGAGUCUUAAAAGCAAAUAUGAAGAUCUUCAACGAGUUCGAGUUUGCAGCACAGGUAUCUAAUGGCUCUGUAAAUCACUUUGUGCAUCCAAGCUAUCUAUGACUAGUUUAAGGUAAUCGAAAAUAGAUACAGGGGGACGGAGAUGAGGCAUGAUUAAUACAUAAUAAUGGCCUGUUAGAAUCUAGAUAGGACCUCUCUUUUCCCUGUAUGAACUUGAUUCAUGGUUGGUUUUGUAACUCUACUACUAUCUUUUCUGCUCAUUAGUCAUAUUAUU